AUGCCGGCCUCCAAAGCCGUUGCCGGGGUGUUAAACCGUCAAGGUAAACCCCUGGGUACGGGAACGAGUUCGAACAAGCGGAAGGAGAGCCGCCUAGCCCAGUUUGGCCCAGGGUCAGACCGGGGCGGGUGGGAGUUCUCCAAAGCUGCCAGAGCUCAAGAAGCAGCUCAGCAAGAGGAAGAGAAAGAGGAGGAGGAGUGGGAAGAGUGGGAAGAGUGGGAAAAGUGGGAAAAGUGGGAGGAGGAGGAGGACCCUUGGAAAAGGGGCCAGUGGCAAGGCUACCAGAGUAGCUCGAGCAGCCAGCCCUGGCCCGAGUCCAGCAGGGACUGGGGUUGGGGUGACUGGCAGGGGUGGAAGGAGUGGAAAGAAUGGAAGGAGUGGAAAGAGUGGAAGGAGUGGAAGGAGCAAGGCCCUAGAAAUAGGGCCGACGACGACGAGCAGUGGCAGAAGUGGAAGGACUGGAAGGAGAAAAGCCCUAGAAAUAGGGCCGACGACGACGAGCUCAACCAAGCUCGUCCAGAGGUCGGCGACAGGAGGCACCGCCGAUCCGCUUCGUCGUCGACUUCCCGCUCCCGCACUCCGCCAAGCAAGCCCCUAGAUGCGGUGCCGCCCGAAGGCAUCGACAUCGUGGGUGCAGAGCAGGGAAGAAAGACGGAGCCCUUGAAAAAGGAGACGGAGCCCGAGAAAAAGGAGCCGGAGCCCAAGAAGAUGCCCUUGAAAAAGGGUGCAAAGCAAGCUGCCAAGGCUGAGGCCUCUGCCAGCUCAGGUGUCAACCCUAGAAACAGGGGUGUCACGGCUGAGGCCUCUGCCAGCUCGGGUGUCAACCCUAGAAAUAGGGUUGACAGGGUCCUCAAAGCUGGAAGGGUCUGUGUCGACUACCACCAGACCCUCCAGAUCAACAAAGAGAGCUACAUCCGGCCGAUGUGGAAGGCUGCGAUACAGGCUCUAGCCCGUGCAGACUGGGAAAUCUGCAUCGUGAGCUUCGUGACCCCAAACAACCGCGAGGAAAGAGCUCAAGAGAUCUGGGGUCAGUUGGGGGCCGUCGGUCUGACGGACAGCAUCCAAGGUCUGUGGACCUGCUCUGAAAGGAGCGGUCCAGACGGAAAGACCAGGCUUGCUGUGAGCUUGGGGUGUUCGGCCAUUAUCGACGACAAUGCCGAGAUUUUGGCCGAAGCCCGCAGUGCAGGUUUGGUGGUUUUCCCAAUAACCACCAAAAGGGAAAAGCACACGGCCUUGAAAAAGGAUGGUGUGACUGUGUACCGAGACCUGCCUUCGGCAAGCGAGGCAAUGCUGUGUCGAAUGAUAGACACAGCAGACCUUUAG